GCAGGAACCAUACACAUAUAUAAACGUGUUGUUGUAUAUAGUGUUUCUUCUCCAGAUAUUGCAUGAGGUGUGUUGGUCCAGCAAGUCUGGGGACAUUCCAUUGCAAAGUCCAGUCCUUAUUGUGAUGACCCAUGAGCCUCAAUGACACUGAGAGCAAUGCCAGCGGAUUAUAAACACAUGAUGUGGCAUCCAGUAGUGGACAGGUCAGAGGAUAGAGGCCAGAAGACUAAUAUGAACCACUUCUUCUGAGAGGCAAAAAUAAUAGGUUUGCACAGGACCAAUAUCCCUACCUAGAAAAAGUUAAAGAUACGGAAACACCGAUGACAAUUCAAAAUCAACAAAAAAAAUCUGUAAAAACAGAAAUCCAACCUGUGAGUAGCAGCCUGGAACCAGGAACAAUGGAGAGAAGAAGUCAAUAUUCCAUAGAAAGCAAUGAGUUUAACAAAUAGAACCCCAAAAUACUGGUGGAGAGUACAAAGGUGAGAUACAAAGGAAAACUAUCGACAAACUGCAACAGAGUGGCUUAGCUGCAAUAAAAAGGUGUGGUGAAUAAUUGUGACAAAGGCACAAUGCAAGUGGUGCCUACGGAUAGGAGGCCUGUGGACCGUGGAUGGGCCUGGGUUGUCUUGACAGCUACGACAACAUUAAUGAUUCUUGUGAUGGGUAACAGUCGGAGUUUUGGCAUUUUUUUCAUCGAGAUUCUAAAAAUGUUCAACGCAUCUUCAUCAGCCAUAUCAACAAUUCUGAGUGCUGAACAUGUAGCAAGUUGUUUAACAGGAUUUGCGGCGAUGAACUUUCUGGCCAAAUUCAUUUCAUUCAGAACAUUUGUCCUCUGUGGUUCUGUUUUGAGUGCGCUGACUUUUAUCUGUGAUUUUGUUACCAAAGAUGUAUUUUGGCUGCCCUUCUUUCAUGUAUUUAAUGGAAUUGGACGUGCUUUUGUAUACGGAUCUUGUAUAGUUGUGCAGAGUACCUACUUUAAGCGCUACCUUGGCACAGCAAAUGCGAUAUCUGCUUGUGGAGUUAGCCUCGGACAAUUCGUCCUUCCGUAUUUACUCAACUACUUUAUAAUAACCUACGGAGUCCGCGGAGCUCUUCUUCUGAACGCUGGUAUUUAUCUACAAUGCCUUGUUUUUGGCGCCCUUCUACGCCCCAUCAGUUACUGUGACACAACAACACGUUCGAAAGUCAUCAGUUCUAUCGAUGUAGAACUAAAUGAAAGAAAUACAACUGCUAAAGGGGAAAAACAAACCGAAUCGAUGAAACUACAGUCAGACGAUGACGGAGAAAUCUCUCCGUUUUUGACAGACUCAAAAGACACAGAUAGCUGUGGCAAUGUUAACUCGCAGUCAGUUGAACCAAGCAACCCUUCUCUUGUAAUUAACACAAGGCCUAAUGAAAAAGACUGUGAUAAAAGUACUUAUUUAUUAGAAAAAUCUUCCGAUGUGAUAAAGAAUGGCAUCGUUAAAACUGAUGCCAAAACGCAUUCAGAAGGUUUAUUGGCCAGGUUCAGAAGAGUAGCUCCAGAUUUUACCCUCUUCAAGGAAAAAAUAUUUGUCUGCGGAUACAUUGGAACAGUUCUUGGGAGCGCUGCUUCCUCUAUUCCCCAAACAUUUUUCCCAGCUCACUCGGUAGACUUAGGAUUGUCUUCUAACGAUGGAAUUCUUUUUCUAACAAUUUCUGGUGCAGGCGAUCUUGUGGGUCGUCUGCUAAUAGUUUUCUUGGCUGAUCGAAAGUUUAUGAACCGAGCUCGACUACUUGGGGUUGCCCUCAUUAUUCAUGGAAUAGCUGCAUGCUUUGUAUCAUUCUAUACCAAAUUCUUUCUAUUCGCAAUGUAUUGCGCCUGUUAUGGAAUCUCCAGUGGUAUACAUUUUUCAAUUUCGAACACAGUCAUGGUGGAUUUUAUUGGAGCUCAAAGAAUCUCGGAGGCAGUCGGUUUGGUAAUAUUAGGCGCAGGGAUAUUGGGAACCAUAGCAUAUCCUUUUGCAGGUUACCUUCGUGACGUCACUGGUUCAUACAAUCCCGAAUUCAUUUUGAACGGCGUCGGCCUUCUCUUGAGCGGUACCUUGUUUCUCUCGGAGGCCUUUAUACCAUACAAGAAACAUUGAUGGAAGAGCUGUGACUGUUGUUAUCAGCAUGGUCAACGUUAUUGAGGAAUAAGACGACAUGGCGCGGCUGAUCGGACACUAACGAUUUGCCGGGACUUACUGGACAUUGAAGCUGUUUUUACGAGGGUAGUUUUUGGCACUGGUGACAAACGCACGCCACCGUAUGUGCGUGCAUAAAUAUACAGAAAGAGAGAGAGAGAGAGAGAGAGAGAGAGAGAGAAAGAGAGAGAGAGAGAGUGUGUGUGUGUGUGUGUGUGUGUGUGUGUGAGAGAGAAAGGGAGAGAGACGUGACAGUGUAUUACUUGAGCAUUAUUGACACAAAUAUUUUCCCUCUCCUCAUACACAUAAAGAACAAUAUACUCACAGAAAGGGAGAGGGAGAGAGGGAGAGAGAGAGAAAGAGAGAGAUUACACAUACAAACAUAACUAGAUUGUUACACACACAAAUGGAGAAAGAGAAACAAACAUUACCAUUUAUCAAUUGAGAACAAUUAACACUUACUUUCUCCUCAUAGAAAUAGAAAAAUAUAUCUCAGAGAGUGAGAGACAGCGAGGAAGGGAGCGAGUGAGAGAGAGAGAAAGAGAGAGAGAGAGAGAGAGAGUGUGUGUGUGUGUGUGUGAGAGAGAGAGAUCAUAACGUCUGAUGCCAAAUAGGUCGUAGUCGUAUCAGCAACUUGAAAUAUCAGGAUGUCUCAAACAUGAAUUACUGUGUCGCUAUCGACACAUAUCCAACAACAUCAGCGAUAGCAGAUCGGAACACUUGUAGAGCACAGGCCAAAUGGUUUGCUGGCGGUAUUUAGCUACAUAACUUCAUAUUUCUGGGCUCGAGUCCGUCUGUGGUUGACUUUGCUUUCCAUUUUUACGUUGUCCAUAAAACAAAACCCAAUCUCAAUGACAAUCACCAAAAUGGAGAUAUUUAUCCUCUGAUCACAAAAAAAUUAUGGUGUUGUGCUUGUAAUAGGAAUUAUAUUCAAUAUCAUUGUGUGUAUGCAUACAUUUUCUCAUCCUUAUUCUAGAGAGGCCAUUCACUAGAGAGGCAUUUAACCAACGGGUAUUGGGAUCUGAUGAUACGCCAUAAAGCCAGGCCCUUUAUGGACGUGAAACAUAACGAAAUCCCAUAAAAUGGCCUUAUUUAACUUCAACAUAUAUAUAUAUAUUACUCGAGAAUCAAACUAGUACACUUGAUUGUUCCCUCACCUGUCUUCAUCUUUUGAUUUCUAUAAAUUUGAACACUAUAUAUACAUAUAUAUAUAUAUA